CCUUAGUGGGAGGGAGACUAUGGAAAACCUCGUCGCCAUUGCACUUUGACUUGACAACUUUUUUUUUCCUCUUAACUCUUUGAUAAGUUUCGUUGUUCGUUACAGUUAUAUAGUGGAAUAACUAACAGUGUACGUACUGGGAACUUAGCAGAACUUGAGUGACUCGUUAGAUGCAGUGAGUGAGUGGUCGGCGGCAGUGAUGGUGGGGGAGCGGCGGCACCCUCUCUUGGCCCAGAUGCCCGCCCCGGCCGCCCACGCCCCGCCCCACGCCCACAGACAGCACAUCGUGGGCGUGCCGAGCGUGGGCGUGCCGGGGGUGGGCGUCAAGUUGAUGCAGGAGCCUGGGUUCGCCGCCCACGACUCCCACCUGUACACCCGUGACCUCCAGCUUGGCUUACGGUACCGUGACGACUCCCCUCAGGGCUACGUGGCCCAGGGGCUCGGGACGCCCUCGGGGGUCAGGUACCCCCCCGGAGUACUGCCGUUGGGUCAAGCAGGGGCCGAGGAGGACCCCAGGAGACAGAGGGCGCUGUCCCCUGGCUCUCAACACUCUGCCGCGGCCACGUUCUUUGCAAGGUGA